AUGGGGGAGAAGGAACUUGCCCUCCAGGCUGGCAUUUAUCCCGUGAAAAGCUGGGCACUUUGCAGUGCAGGAUGUCUUGUGUUCCCAGAGGAGGCUGAUGAACUGGAGCACUUGGUGACAUCGCGGACAGAGUCUGUGAGCAUCGACCACCCAAACCACAUCGUAACAGUGACCACCAUCAGUGACCUGGACCUCUCGGGGGCACGCCAGCUGGGACUGACCAGCCCCGUGGGAAAAACCGAUGGAUGUGAAGAAGAGAAAGGAGAAGAGGUGGUGAACAAGCCCGUGAGAACAAUGCCCAAGAAGUCCAGAAACCCCUUCCUUUCUGAGAAAAUCUCUUCUCUUACUGCCACGCUGCACAUGCACAGCCGGAAAAAGACAAAAGGAAAGAGAUCCCAACGUGGGCAAGGCCCACGUAAGAAAAUCCAGAAGUCCAGCACAGGGCGAACCACCAAAACUCAGCGUCGGAGGCUGACUGGAAAAAUGGGCCGUGACCAAGAUUAACAGAGAAACUAAUGUUCAGACCACCAGCUGGGACAGUGCUCCACAUCUGGGCUGCUGCUCUUCAGGACCCUGUCAUUGUGGGAUAGGCAUCUUGUUUACAUGGCAUUCUGACUAGCCACGAACCCAGUUCAGCCUUUCUAUAGCCUUCUGAGCACUGGUCAAGGUGACUAGACACUCUACCCAUUUAUUUUUGCUGUGAUCUCCAGUUAAGUGUCUGGGUGCCACAGAAUCCCUUAAAAACUUCUGCUGAAGGUCAUGCUCUCUAUCUGGCAUAAGCCUUCUGUCCUUGCUCCCCCCUCUUUCAGACUUAAUACUUGUCUUUAUCAAAGAAGAGGAUUUGGGGCAGAGUGCAACAGGCACAUCGUUGUCAGGGCAAUUUGAGAUACUUGGGAGAGCUUUGCUUGCACUCCUGCAUCAGUGCCCUGGCAUUUCGGCUGUGCAGUAAAUCCUUUUUCCAUGGAGACAUGGUGUCAUCUUGUCUCCUGUGUUUCCUCACCACACAACACAGUGCCACACCUGAAUGCAGGGGUACUUUUUGUUUGAUACUUGUGCCAGGUGAAACUGGGUAACAUUGCGAAUAAAUUUGAAGUCAUUUUGCUAAGAAAAAAAAAAUAAAUAAAUAUGUGACUUAUUUGAAGCAUAGCAGGGGCUGUGCUAACGCCAGUACCAACUGGAAAGAGUGGGAGGUAAUUUCUGGUGUUUAAAGGAUAUUGAAAUUCACUGGUGCUUGGAGAAUGUAAUAGCUAGGAGCUAUUUCUGUGGCAAGGCAGAGCCAGCUAGAGCAGGAAUGGCUCAUUCCAUUGUCUGCUGAAUAUGCCGAUCGUAACUGCGAUAGCUCAGGGGAGUAUGAAAUGCCCUAAUGCCCUUGCUGUUUGUGUGUGGCCCUCUCCGGGGUGGGAGUGGCAGAGGCUGCCCUUGCCCUUUACCUCAGGGUUGCUGCAGUUAUUAGCAGCUAAUUGCCUUUCUUCUUAGGACCUCAGUGUAUGUUUUUUACUGUGGUUGCCCUCAGCAGGAGGAGAAAAAAAAAAAUUGUAUGGUUGGAAUUUAGGAAUACUGGUGGCAAAACUGUGAGUGAAUCCUCUGAGGAGGAGAGUGAGCCCAGGCAGCAUGCUGGCCUCUGUGCUGGACUAUCCUGGAGUAUUCUUCUGUGAGCCAGGCCUCCUCCCAUGCCAUGUGUGCACUGGAAAGGAAAUGACAAAGAAAGAAAAAGCCUAUGUGUCCAAAACCCACACCAGAAAAAUUUGCAACCCAGCAAUGGGCAAGUAAAUAGAUUCCUCAUGCCAGAAAUGGGAGGGAAGAGUAAAGCAGUGCCUGAGGCUGCAUGGAGGAACAUCAGAACAAUGCUGAUGGCCACCAGCCGCUAAAGUGAAUGGCAGCAGCUUGAUGUAUCUCUCCAUCGUUACUUGUGGAGUGUGCACACAGAGCUGUUCUCCAGAGUGUGUUCAGGGGGAGGGUGUGAUCUCAACACUGACAGCAGAAGCGCAAUUUCUGCUAGAGGGAGGGUUCUGGGGGGAACACACGUGCUUGUGGUGAGGAAUGGGGCCCUCCUGCACUUCCCUUUCCUUUCUGAGGAAGGUGAUUGCUGGGGAGGUGGACACUGUUGUCACUGCUGCCUUGUAUGCUUGGAUUCAGAGUCCCCACCCUGGGCUGAGUUCUUGGGCACUAACACAGAAUAAACACAGUCACAUUAUUAAGGUGUGUGUGUGUGUAUGGUUUUCUCACCUCCAAAAUAGUUCUCAAACGCUGCCUUAAAGGCCCCUCCAGAAAGGUCAUGGGAUUUAAUGGGUGACCUUACCUAUCCACCUGUCUCACCUGGGGUUCUUGGGUGUUUCAGAGCUGCAAAAACACAACUCAGGCAAGGCCAAAAGUGCUGUGCUGAACUGGAUCUCAGCCAAAGUAUCCAAGAGGUAUGAUGUGUGGAGCCUAAAUUAUUUCUUGUUCUGGUUUGGGAGUUGAUGCUCUAGAGCAUUCUGUGCUUGGUGGGUUUGAGAGGGAUGAAGGGGGGAAGGAGAGGGAAAUUCUGUUUGGAUAGGUGUGUCACACCAAGGGGACUGCAACUCAAAGCUGGAGGACAGGGUGACAUCCUUGGUCUAGAUCAUACAGUAGCUUUUCCUUCUCUCCAGGACAUAGUGCCUUGGGUGACCAUGAACAGACGGUGACCUGCCUGCUUCCUUACCCAAGGAGUUCGCUCUGGAGCUGGGAUGGCCACUGUAAAAGAAGUGUACUAUCUGUUUGAGAAAUCUGCUGGAGUGUAGAGUGUGAAAUAUGGAUCAGUUGGCUUCUCCAGCCUGCAGGCAGCCUGGCAUGGUAGCUGGGACACAGCUGGAUGACCUAAUUGUUCUCCGGAUGAGGUGUUAAGAGUGACUUCAGUUCUUGUCAUUUUGCUGCCAGGUGAUCUGGAAGAAUCUCACUUUUAAGUGUUUGCUGUUUCCCUGGCCUAAUAACAUUUUUGAGCCUUUCUCAAGUAUCAGCUGAAGUCUCCAACAGCCCCUUCCAUGCUCUGAAAUCUUUCAGCUCCUGCUAGAAAAUGAGUUUUCAAAUUUAAAAAAAAAAACAAAACAGAAACAAACCAAAAAAGUGUAUGGAAAAACUGAGAACAGAACUGUUAAAUCCUAUACAGCAUUAGCCAUCAGGAUUGUUCACUACGCUAUUGAUUUCUCCAUUUGAUUGAUUAAAACUUUAUUCUGUAAUGUGAA